CAUAAGGAUGAGUGGAUGAAAACGUUUUGGCUUGGUUUAGGCCAGUUCAAAACAAUAAUAUGACCGUAGGUGGACACUAUUAGAAAGAUUUUUCACUAUACACACUUAAGAUGGCUAUACUAUAGUUAGUAUACAGAUAUCCACUAACUGGGUAAUAUGUUCUAUGCCAAAAGCACCAAAAAUGGCCAUGGCAAAAACAAGAAAUAACUUACAAAAGAAUUAGCAUCCUCAGUCCACAGGGAGGAUAUAUGAAUCUGUGUGUGUUUUUAUCUGUCAAUAGAGGGCGCUAAAUCAGUGGUACUGACCAGUCACAAGUUCAUUCAGAACUGAAUUACCAAAAGGUCGAUGUCCUGCAUGGUUCGGUGGCUUUAGAGGCAACUGUAAUGUGUGUAAUGUUACCCCUGGGUAUCAAUAUCUCAGACUUAAACUGGAUUGUCUUAAGAGAGCCGUCUUCCACCGACUCCAAAAUGUCAAAGUGUGUAAAACCAUCAGAGGGGUUCCCUUGCAGCAAAUGCUGAAGGUCAGAUGCCUUAGUCCUGAAGGAUUUCCCUUCAAUUGUAGGCUUAGAUUACGAUCAUAGCAGAAAGUUUAAUCCUCUUUAAAAGUCUACCUUAUUAAACUAUAUUACUGCUUUGAAAUUUAAGGACUACAAUGAUCUGAUAGCAAAAUACUUCAGCUUACGUGUGGGUCAAUGAGCGCUUUAAAGCUUUAAACUUUAAGGCUACAGACAUUUCGAUUUUUUCCAUACCAUCACACAGGCUAGUCACAGUAGGCCUAUUACGUACACUUGAGAACAGCAAUUAGUGUGAAUGACAUGGAAAGAUGCCAAGCUUGUUCCGGGUUGGAGUGACACGACCCUUGUCUCUGAUUCUGUUGGAGCUGCUGACACCAACACGCACAAGUACGUACAGAAAAGAAAGGGAAAAAAACCCAUCCUUUCCUCCCGGCAGCUGGGCCGCUAUUUAAACAAGUUUGCCUCCUGUAGUUAUGCGUUCAUCCGCUCUAUGCGAGGAAAGAAGAGGAUUAUAGCUCUCAUGAAUAUAAUGAUUUUUCCAGUCAUUGCUUUUUCAUUUAUUUCUCUGACAGCGUCAACCUCAGAGUUUUGCUAUGACGAGGGACACUGUGACCCCUACUCCUGGGGAGACUCCUACCCCACCUGCCACCCCCUGCUGGAGUCUCACCACUCGCCCAUCAACCUGGACCAUGACGUGACCAGAGACCAGGCCCUGGAGGCACUGCAGCUGGAGGGUUUUGACUCCGUGCAGAAAGGGCAGUGGAGGCUACGCAAUGAUGGCCACACAGUGGUGCUGGAGGUGGGCAGUGGGAUGACGGUGAGUGGUGGGGGGCUCCCCGGAACAUACAGUACCCUCCAGCUACAUUUCCACUGGGGCAGCCUCGCCACCAACGGCUCUGAGCACACCAUACACACAUACAGACUCCCUAUGGAGAUGCACAUAGUAAAUAUGAAAACAAUUCAUCCGAACCUGACCAGUGCCAUGGAGGACCAAACAGGCCUUGCAGUCCUGGCUGUGUUUAUUGAUGUUUCUUACACUGAGAAUGCAAACUUCACUCCGAUCACCACGGCUCUAUCAUCAGUGGCACACAGAGGACAGAGUGUCGCCAUCAGGCCGUUCCCUCUGGCCAGUCUGCUGCCUCAGGACCACCUGGGCCUGUACUACCGUUACCAUGGCAGCCUCACUACACCUCCGUGCUCUCAGGUGGUCGUGUGGAGCGUUUAUGAAGUCCCUGUGCACAUCUCCUGGUCUCAGUAUGAGCGUUUUGCUGUCGGGGUUUUCUCCACGGAAGAGGAGACCGACCAGGACGUUCUCCUCCAGAACAACUUCAGGCACGUGCACCUCACCUACAGCCGCAGGGUCUACGCCUCCAAAGAUGCCCAGCUACUCGGCGCUGCCUGCCCAGCAGCAGCUCCUGGCUCUGGGCUUCUCCUGCUCUCACUCCUGCCUCUGCUUCUCAGCCACAUGGAUCCAACUCCGGAUGGAAGCUGACUGGCUCAGAUUCAUAUUACCUUGAAGUCAGAGAAGGACGGGACAAUGAUUGAGCCACAGCAGGGGGUUGUUCCCAUGGAUACCGUACGCAUCACAGCCAGCAGCUGACACUGGCAUGGAUCUGAGAUGUGCCAGGUCUAAGUUUGAUAUUUAUCUGAUCAGAUUUUGAUAUUUGCCUGAUUUUUAUCUGAUUUAGAUAUUUGCCUGAUCUUUAUCUGAUCUAAGUUUGAUAUGUGCCUGAAAAAUACCUGAUUCAGUCCAGAGCCAGCUUAUCUCUGGGCCGUGGACCUGGAGAUGAAGGAGACCACUGGUGUGUAAACCAUCAUGGCCAUAACUGUCUGUUAGGCCAAAGCAAAGACCACAGAUAAACGCCUUACAAAACCAACAGGUGAAUUAGUUGCCUGGUGAUUGUGUUGUUUUGAGGUUCAGUUUGGCUUUGAUAAGAAUAAACAAACUUGAGCGAACAAACUUUAAAAGCAA